UGAUAGUAGCGUUCCGUAUCUUUGGAAUUCCCACACUACACGAGUUUGUUGUGUUAGUUGCAAGUUUGUGGAUAAUGAUGAGGAUAUAGGUUGUGUAUUGUGUAUGUUGACAUAGAGACGCGCAAAAGUAACAAAGUAAAAUUAUACUCAACUGGUUUCUUUCUUCCACCAGAUCGAGUACAAGUCAGCAUGAGCACAGUCUCAUCCCACUCUGAUAAGGAUCUGGACCUGUCAAAUGCAAAUAGAGCUGUAUGGCUAGUCAAGGUUCCAAAAUAUGUAGCUAACAAAUGGGACAAAGCACCUGGUAACAUAGAAGUAGGAAAACUAAAAAUUACCAAAGCUUUGGGGCAAAAGACACAUGUUUCUCUCACACUCUCAGAGUCUGUUCUGUGUUUGAAGCAACCCGGAGAAGAGAAUAUUCCACGAGAGCAUCGGCUUGAUGUUUCAACCGUAACAAGACAGACUUUAGGUGUCUUCUCACAUGUAACACCAUCAAAUUCUGAUUCUGUAGUCCCAGAGACUGAAAAAUUGAGUUUAGAGGGCCGUGUAGUUCAAAAACUGGAAUGCCGACCCUAUGCGGACAAUUGCUAUAUGAAAAUGAAGUUGGAAUCAAUACGUAAAGCGGCUCUUCCCACAAGACAAGUACAGCAGUUGGAGAGAAUCGUUCAUAACUUCAAACCAGUGUCAGAUCAUAAACACAAUAUUGAAUAUGAAGAAAAGAAGAAAUCUGAAGGGAAGAAGGCUCGAGAUGAUAAAGAUGCAGUUCUUGAAAUGCUUUUUGCAGCUUUUGAAAAACACCAGUAUUAUAAUAUAAAGGACCUAGUGAAAAUAACGAGGCAGCCUAUUGUGUACCUCAAGGAUAUAUUGAAAGAAGUGUGUAAUUACAAUAUGAAAAAUCCACACAAGAAUAUGUGGGAGCUGAAGCCAGAGUACAGACACUAUAAGGAUCCACCACCUGCAACAUCAGCUUCAAAAACUGACUGAAAUGUUGAGAAUAUAAAAAUAUAUUCUGGUGUGUGACCAGUUUUUGAUGUACUUGAAUAUUUUCUGCAGUCUUCGCUGUGCUACAGCAUACCAGAUUACAAACUUGCAAUUCUAUUAUUUCAGAUGACUGUAUGUUGUUAUACUUUGACAUGUGUCCUUUUGGUGAAAUAAAUAUUUUUAUAUGUUCAGAUA